UUUAAAUAUAAUUGAAUAUAUAGUUAGUUAAAUUUCUAUAUUUAUUUUAUAAUAUUUUUAGGAAAGAUUAUAUUAUUAGAAAAGAGAAGAAAUAUUUAUAAUAAAUAUUGCUUAAUACUAUUAAUUGGAUACUUUAUGAGAAUUUCACAUCGAAAACAUUAAUUGAUAAGAGUGUUACAUAUUAAACUUUUGAUGGCUUGAUAUAAAAAAUAUCAAGUAUUUAGAAUAGCAAACUCUAUUUCUCAUUGUUAACUUUAAUUUGUGUAAUUUAUAACUUGUAGCUAUUUAAUGUGCUCCAAGUGAUAAUCUAAAAAGACUGUUUUGUGUUAUGCGUAAUGUUUCAUCGUUCAAAAAAAUAUACUUCUUUUGAAAAAUGAUUGCAUUGUAAUACAAUUAUUACAAUUAGACAAAACAAAGUGCGUUACCUAGUUUUGUAUAAUUUAUCCGUUCAAUCGUCAAUACAUUUUAUGCGCUAAUAAAUACCGCAAUGAUAUUAUCUACGGUUUUACCUUUAUAAACCAGUUAAUUAUUAUUGUUAAUUAUGAUGCAAAGUUAUGUUCUUGUAUUGUUUACUGAUUGUUGUUCUUCAGUAUAUCUCGCUGGUUGAGAAAUGCUGUGUUGGAAUUUAGCAGACAAUAAUACGAUGUUAGUUGUAUAUAUGUGAAUGUACAAUAUGCGUAUGUGUAUACGUAUAUAUAUAUAUAUACACACACAUAUAGAUAUACGUACACACCUAUACAUAUAGAGAUUCAUUAAUAAUGUUAUAAUUAGAAUUACGUGGGAAUUAAAAGAAUCUGCUCUUCCGUGCUGUGCAAACACGAAUUUGGUGUUAGUAAAUAACACGUACACGAUCAUAAUUCAUGUAUCGUGUUCAGAAUUUUCCGAUAUAGUUUCUUAUAAGCAUCAAUUGAAAUUUACAAAAAUUUGAUCAGCUCUCUCUUUUUCUAAUUCUAUAAUAAUUUUAGAAAAACGACUAACAGAAUUGAUUAACUAUCACGUAAUUUUAAUUACUAUUUAUGCAAAUGACACACAACAAAGAUAAAUAUUUAAAAAGAUAAAGCUAUACGAAACAUCGCAACUUUUUUUACAUUAAAAAAAUAAUUUAUUAGUUUUAUUUGAAAAGAAAUUAAUUUUGUCAUUGACUAAUAUUUAUCGUUAAAUUUGUUAUUGUAAUCUUGUUCUUUUCGCGGAAAUAACUAUAUUUUUUGGAAAUAUGUUCUUCAAACAAUCUUCAAAGCAGGAUGAUGCAUCUGAAGAAUGAUGGAAAUAUAUUUUAAAAUAUAAAAUAUAUUUUAAUUGGUUGUGUUAGCAUGCCUUUACUUUAUAUCAUAUGCGUAGUUAUUUUUUCGAUAUUAUUGUUACACACGCAAUCUGUUUGUUACUGAUUAUUGUGACACUAAUUAUCAUGUAAAAUAUGUAUGUAAUAUUUCAGUGUAUGUAAUUAAAAAACGAGAGCUACUCUAGCGGCUAUUGACAAUAAAUCGUAAGCCGAUCUUUUAACAACUGGUUUCUUCUAGAUCAUUCAAUAAAUUCACGCUAGAAACAAAAAUAAUAAAUGCAACGAUUAUUGUAAAACUCGCAAUUUAUUUCAUUUUUCUCGAUCCAUUACAUCUUUCUAGGAGAGUAACCGGUAUUCAACAAUUGUGUAUAAUUGUAUACAAUUGUAUUUAUUAAAAAAAAAACGAAGAAUACAGAAUGAGGACGUUACGGGCAAAAACUGACAUUGUUGAAAUAAAUCUCAUAGAUAAUUAUUUAUACUUACUUAACCUUGAAAUAACUAUUAGACGUGGCACGGGCAUGUCCUCGUUCGCAUUUGCUGCUAUCAUAAAAAUUGCUUGUCACCUGUUGCGCUACCAUAUUUACAUAUCAUAGAUACGUAUGUAUAUAAGAACGCACUUAUAAUACCGGUAUCAUCGAUUUCUUUAAAAAAACGUCGCUUAAUCAGGUAUACAAUUUUCUUUGUUUUUCGUUAUAUUUUCUCUGAGGCGUUACUAAUAUAUCGUCGACAAAAACAAAGUUCUUAGGAUCUAAAAAAAAAAAACAAAUUUAUCUCAAUUUUUAAAAAGCCCGGCGAUAAUUCACGCUCGGUAAUCGUUAAAUUUGUUUCUAAUUGUAAGUGAUUUCUCGAAUUGCAUAAAGCAUUGUUUAGGUAAUGUGUCAUUUAGUUACGCAGAAAGCAUUUCCGUGAAACACAUGCAUGAGAAUUAACUCUCUAAUUGUGUGAAUGGGAUUGUGCGUCUCGUGGGAUUAAUUUAUUACGUGCACGGAAAGAUACUCUCCUGAUUUCCUAAUAUGUUCGUAACAUAUGAAAAUUAUGUGAACAUAAACGACAUUUCUAAUAAGAUUGUAUUUCUGUAGCUUUUAAAGAUAUAAUAAAAUUUUUAUGUUUUUUGUAAAAAAAAAGAAAAACUUAAAAAUAUUUUAAAAAUAAUAAUUUGUUGGAGGUAAAAAGAGCAAUUUUUCAAGAUAGUUUUAAAUAAAAAUACAUGAAAGGAAAUGAUUAAUGAUUAUAAAAAGGAAAACUUCACGUAAAUAAAUGAAAAGAUGAAACACCUCAAUUAUUAUAUAUAUGUAUAACAAGCACUCUUGGUGAAUACUGUUUAAGUAAAAACUAUGUUUUAUUGAAUAUUUAUUAUAAAAGAUAUAAUAAGUAAGAUAGAAAGUAAAUAUGUGAGAAAGAGUAUGCACGUGCAUACCGCAUUAAAACCGAUCGGUCGCGUGCACGAAGCGUACUCGAGCAUAGCAUUGCGUGUCACAUAACGCGUGGCGCGGCGGGAGAGAAAGAGAAGCGACCACGAAGAAGCGUAAGCGUAAGCGUAAGCGCCGGCCGCCGCCGUAGGUCUAUACUCUUCGUUACUUUCUAAAUUCCCCCUCGCAGGCGGUAUAUAUCCCCCGAUGACUUUGCGUUUUGCAAUCGUACGCACUGCGACGGGAAUCACAUCCGAGCGAGUUUUUCGCGCACCGCGUAAGCCUGGAUGUUAUAUCACAAACCACGGGAUCACCGCGGGAGAUGGCGGUCAGUGUCGUGCGAUACCUCGCGCUCCUUGUGUUCUACGCCUUGCUACAGUACCACUAUGCAUCGGCUCAAAACAAAACUCUCAGAGAUCUUUUUAACAGCACAUCUUGUGCCAAACCGCCUUACACUUGUCCGCAUCCGCAGAUAGAGUUUUAUCUGUACACCAGAGAAACACAAAAAGAUCCUAUACUAUUAGAUAUCCGUGACUUUAAUUCUCUUUGGAAUUCCAAGUUCAAUAAAACGCAUCCAACGAAGAUCGUCAUUCAUGGCUUUGGCGGUGGACGAAACUUAGCACCUAGUACAGAUUUACGAGAUGCGUAUUUCACGCGAGGCGAUUACAAUAUUAUAAUCGUGGAUUACGGUUCGUUGGUACGCGAGCCGUGUCUCUCGCAGAUCUCAUGGGGCCCGGAUUUCUGCUCCCAAUGCAUCGCUCAGCUGGUCAAGUACUUGAGAGAUCAUCCACGAGGCACGAAGGUAGAGAACAUACACGUGCUCGGAUACAGCGUGGGUGCGCAUAUCGGUGGACUCAUUGCAAAUUACUUGCCCAAUGACAAACUCGGGAGAAUUACGGGCCUCGAUCCGACGAUAUUUUUCUACAUGAAUGGCAACCGCUCGAUGGAUUUAGACGAAACGGAUGCCCAUUUUGUGGACGUGAUUCAUACAGGCGCCGGCAUUUUGGGGCAAUGGGGGCCAAAUGGCCACGCGGAUUUCUACGUAAACGGUGGCUCGAGUCAGCCCGGGUGCGCCACUUCUUCUAUACUCCAAACGCUUUCGUGCGAUCACACAAAAGUGACACCGUACUACAUAGAAUCAAUCACAACGAAGAAGGGAUUUUGGGCGGCUCCUUGCGCAAAUCUAUUCUCAUACCUGAUCGGAUGGUGCAACCCCAAGAGAAACGAGUACAUUCUGAUGGGAGAAGAUACGCCUCAUACAGCACGCGGCAUCUUUUAUCUGUCAACAAACGCACACAAACCGUACGCCCGAGGACUGCCCGUAAAAAGCCAGCGUCGGACAAAUCGGAAGCAAUCGUCCUCCCGCCAGUAUUGAGCCUAUUGAAACAACUAAUCAACAUAAUUAUAGAAUAGCGUGUACAUGAAUCAGUCAUUUUAAGCAUUACGUUACUAAAAGACUUUUGUUUUUAUAUCGUUAUCGUUUAUACGACUUUGUAUAUUUUAAUCGUUAGAUCUCGUUUUUCUCUAUUUCCCUUCCCUUUCUUCUGCUUCUUUUUCAAUAAAAUAUUUCGCCAGAUUGCGCGAUGAUUGUUGCGAAGAGCAGAUAUUAUAUAUACCUCGUUGUACCGUUCAUUGACAUCAAUUAACUGGUAUAGCUGAAGUCUCGCGUGCUCAAUACAUAACACUUUCACUCCCGCUCUUACUGCAACUUUUUAUACAUAAUAUUUCUUUUUAUUAAAAACCGCUUGUUUACAAAACCGCUCGUUCUCUCGAUAUAUACUCAAACAAAUCAUCUUAUCAUUUUUAAUCACUCAAUCAUUCUGAUUCAAUUCAAUGCGUCACGUCAUUGAACAUCGUAAAACGAGGUUGAGUUGCAUCAAAUAGGAUAGCUUUGCGCAACAAAUUUCUUUCGAAAGAGACACGAAUUUUUCUGUGUUAUUAAAAUUUAUAGCGCUAUUUCAUAAUAGUACAAUGUUAGAUUUUGCAAAAUACGUGUGAUUAAUUUACUUGUUGCACAGUUUUAAAAUCCCCUUUUACUCUUUCGAUAUAAAGUUACUUUAAUAAUGCAAGCUAAUCGUUUUACGAUAAUUGUAUAAUAUAUCGUUAUUAAUAUGUAAUUAAUUGCUGUAAUCUAAUGUAAUUAAUUUGAAUCUGUUGUUUAGGUUAAGACAGAAAAUUAAUUUUUCUCUUGUGAAGAUAUCUUUACAAUACAAAUAUUGCUAAAUCAUAUUUGAGUUUUAUUUAACCCGACGAUCUCUAUUCGCCGCCCAGUUUCAAAUUUCUUCAUAUAGGUACAUUUGCAAUGACAUCAACGCCAUUUAUGUUAACAACAAUAUUUAUUACAUAAUAAUUAUUACGAUAUAGUAAUAACUUCUAUGGAUUUACAAUAUACUGCCGCGCUAAACCUUAAUAAUAAAUAUAAUAUGCAAUAGAAUGAUUACAAGUUACAUCUUCGUUUCAAGUCGAAGGCUCCUCCGCAGCCUGGAUUUUUCUUAUCUCUUUAUACCUAAAGAUGAAACCUUCGUGAGUUAUUAUGUAUAUCCUCUAGAGAUAUGAUCUUUCCACGAUCACGAUGCUCGCAACGUCAAUCUCCACACGCAAAUACACGCCAUACGUACAUAGGCAAAGAUGCAUCCGAAUUUUUUUUAAUAUCAUCGACCCCGAUCUUGAGAUUCGACGAGCGGUGUCCGUCGAGCAUCGUCUCGAAGAUUUCACGUUCAGCGAUUUCACGUAAGCUAGAAAUAAAGUACGUAUCAUAUCGUGAAAAACGCGAUAAUUCAAACUGUAAAUGUUGAUAAUAUUAAUCUCCCUCGAAAUUCAAUCUCAGUGCAAAAUUUUUUCUCACAAAUGACAACAAUAAUCACUACAAUUUAAUGAAUAACACGAUUAGUUGGUUGAUAACGAACUGAAAAGAAAAUUAUCGACCGUGCCUAGUAGUUGAAAAUAGACGGCAAAUUUUUAUUUAAAAAAAAAAAGGAUUUUAUGAAAAAGAUUUAAACAUUAUUAUUAUUAUUGAUAAUUAAGAUUUAGCAAAUACAUUCGAUUAGUCUUUUUUUGCAUAUUAAACUGACAUUUUAAUUUAACGCAAUAAAAAUACAUUGCUGACGUCGUCCUUGACAUUUUUUAACUAACAACAAGAGAAAGUAGUUUUCGGUGAGUUUUUUUUUGGUGAGGUUCGUGAUUACAUCACAAGACAUACCAGAUUAUUGUUGAAUCAUCGUUUGACUGUUUUCGUGUGAGAUCAAAUAUAGAGAUAAAAACACAUUGUUUUCGAUUAAUUCGCCAAUCACAUCUCGAGGAUGUUAUAUUCAGACUAAACUAUAGUUUUACAAAUGCUCUUUUCACGUGUUCCGCUUUUAUUUACAUCCUUUUAUUUUCGUGCAUGCUACGUGCUGUUGCCGGACAAUCGGCAUAUAUGUGCAUGAACGGAUUUAACGCUAACGUAUAUUGAUUAUUUAAACAGAGAUCCGUCUUUUUUUCAUCCUUUUGCUGAUGAUACACUCGAAACAUUCGCAGGAUCGCAG